AUGCUUCAGUUUAUUUCGUCUGUUCUUAUUGCCUCUGCAGUUUUUAAUUUUGUUGGUCUCCUUGCAAAUCUGUUUAUUGCAGUGGUCAAUUACAAGUCUUGGAUGCAAAACCAUAGAAUCUCUUCAUCUGACAGGAUCCUAUUCAGCUUGGCCAUCACCAGAUUUCUGAUGCUGGGAUCAUUUCUCCUGUUAGUUAUCUACCAGUUUCUCUUUCCACUUGUUCUAAGGUCAGUCUUCAUCCUCAUUUUUUCAAGGCUGUGUUGGGUGUUUCUGGAGUCUACUAGCCUCUGGUUCAUGACCUUGCUCAACACCUUGUACUGUGUGAAGAUUACAAACUUUCAACACUCAGUGUUUCUCUUGCUGAAACGGAAUCUAUCUCCAAAGACUCCUUGGCUGCUGCUGGCUUGUGUGCUGAUCUCUUUCUUUAUCACUUUGCUUUACUUUGUGCUCAGACUGACCUCACCCAUUCCUCCCUAUAUGCUUGGGAGAAAUAACACCGAGAUUGACUUGAAUGCUGAAGUCUUGCCUAUACUGAUGUCUGUAGCCUUGAGUUGUUGUCUACAGUUCAUCCUUAAUGUGGCCUCUACUUCCUUGGUAAUCAAGUCCUUAUGGCAACACAUAAAGAUGAUGCAGAAAAACAAUACAAAGUUUUGGAACCCCCGGACAGAAGCUCUUGCAGGUGCUAUGAAGCAGAUGAUCUAUUUCCUCAUGGCAUAUGUUCCACAUUCUGUUCUGAUGCUGCUCUUUUACCUAAAUAUCGCCAUAGGAGAGACUGUUGAACACUUAACCAUUUAUUCAUUUUUUUCUACUUUGUACCACCCAGGGCAUUCUGUUCUCAUUGUCCUCACACAUCCUAGGUUGAAAGCAGAAGCAAAGAAGAUGCUUUGUUUCAGCAGGUCAUGCAAGUUUGAUUGUAAAUAGUGACUGGAGCCCCAUUAUCCUGGGAUCAAGAUGUUAUCUGAUAGCAGAUUUUUUCCAGAAGUCUGAGGAAUGUAUUGCUUUAUUGCAGAUCAAACAUUUUAAGAGUACAAAUGCUUUUACUUCACUUCACUGUGCAUGUUUCUUUUCUAUUUU